GUCAAUUGUCAAAGUCAAUAAUUCAAAAAAAUUGGCGAAUGAAAAAAUGAAAACAAAAUUCGCAGUGUUGUGAAUUGGCUGUAUUAUUUAAAUUUUUCAUAAACAUUAAACUGUUCAUUAUUACCACUAAAGGUUUAGACCAUCAUUAAUUUAUAGUUAUUAAACUACUUUUGUUUAUCGUUUCUCAACCGUGGGUAUGGUGGUCCAUUUGGAGGCUUUGAAUGAGGCUCGAAAUUCUGAAAAAAGUUAUUCUCAAAGCUUAUAAUUCUUAAAGAUCUGAAAAUUGAUAAAUUCUAAAAGCUAUAGGUAUAUAAGAAAAUGUACUACCUACUCGAAUGUUAGUAUGUAAUCAAAAACUGGUGAUUAUUCUGUUGCAAGAAUUUCUUUAAUGUGUAAGAAAAUAAUUAAACAGUCUAUUAAAUAGAAUGGUACAAACAUGCUACAUAUGUAAAUGGAGAGCAGACAAGUUACCCCGGAGGUCAUUUCAUAAGUUCCCAUACGACGAGGCUGAGAAACAGAAAUGGCUAGACAUCAUAGGCAAGAGUAACGUGUCGCUGGGCAAGCGCACCUCCAUCUGCUCCAUACACUUCGACAAGACCUGCUUCCGCUACGGCCUGGUCAACGGCCGCGAGCUGCUGAGGCAGGGCAGCCUGCCCACCAUACAGCUCACCAGGCCACCAGAGGUGGAUCCAUACGAAGACUUGUACAACAUGCACCAAGUGGACGUGGACAUCAAGAUUGAGCCUCACAGCCCUGAAGACUGGACGGAGGGCAUCGGCGCCAACGUACACACGGACAGUGAUGUACCGGGUACUGACCAAGGAGGAGUUAUGGACAGCAUGCACCAAAAAAUAAAGACCAAAAACGAUGAAUCUUUUGAAAACUCAUCGUGUAAAUCUAUCAUUAUAGAAGUGCCCCAGACUUCGAAUACGAAAAACAAAUCCAAUGCAAAGAAUAAACAAAAUAGUGGAAAAAUUAUAAAAAUGGAUGUUUCUAAACGAAAGGAGUUUCUUAAAAAGCAAUCUUUGAUAAGAAUGUUGGUAGAGAGAUUGAGAAGAGAUCACAUUAAACUGAAGAACUAUAUUCAGAGCUUAGAAGAGAGACAGAAGACUAGCAGAAAAAGGAAGAGAAAGAAUCUUGAAGAAAAUAGCAAUGAAAUUGUAUAAGUACACGUAUUUAGGUAUAUUAUAGUAUUGUAUAACUUAUUAUUAAUAAU